AUCACCGGUGACGACGCCGUGUGCCGAAGACCCGGCCGCUAAGCCCUAUUGGGCUUUACGUCGCGAGCAGCGCCGGCGCCGCAGGGCGUUUGACUAGUGGGCAUCUUGAUAUUUUGAGUUGCUGUUGCCCAAGCGAGGGAUCAUGUCGCGAGAAGAAAAAAAGUCUUGCCAUAAUUUGAUUGCAUAAAACGCAUAUAUAUAUAUACAGGUGUACAGCGCGGUCGAAAAAAUCCGAAUCUCAUUCUGCACCGCAACACCAACCGUUUACACCAACACACGCUACUAUGCUCGACUCACACAGCUCGCUGGGCAUUGCCCAAAUCAUCUUCUACGUGCCCGUCGUGCCGCUGGCCAUCUUUCUCAUGAUCCGAAAUGGCAAGGUCCGCCCACGCAUGGCAUGGUACCCUUUCAUACCGUUUUCUCUGAUGCGUCUUGCUGGCGGUAUCCUCACGCUGGUCUUUGAGCAAAAGAAGGACAACACAGGCGUAUACAUUGCCACCCUUAUCAUGCUCAAUGUUGGCGUUGUGCCUCUCAUCAUUGCCAACCUCGGUCUCACGCGCAUCAUCUUGAUGGACAACUACAGCCACAAUCCCGCCUCCACCAAAAUCGCCAAGCUUCUCCGCAUCGCCUUCAUCGCCGCCAUUAUACUAUUCGCUGCAGGAGGUGGCGUGUCGUCAUUCAACCUCAGUCUGAGCAGAAUCCUUACGCUCGUCGGAUACGUUGUAUUUGCUGUGGUCUUGGUCGUCCUCAUUUCCAUGCAGGUAUACUUCUUCGGCAAACGAUUGAGCCUGACCGACUCGAGUCGCAGAAUCUUGCGCGCAAAUCUCAUCGCAAGCCCCUUCCUCAUCCUUCGCACAGUCUAUGGUAUCCUUGAGGUCGCAGAACAAGAUGUUCUCAAUACCAUCUGGAGCCCUUUAUUCGGAUCAGCUGUUGCAUUCGCACUUAUGGCACUGCUCCCCGAGUACAUUGCCAUCUGCGUAUGGUUCUAUACUGGCUACACAAUCCCUCCUCGUCGUGAACUCAGUGAGCAGACGGCAUCAGACGGAAACAAGGUGACAGUCUAAAUAGGGUUGAAGGACAAAUUGAUUUGGAGUUGUAGAAAAUAUUAUGAAUUGAUUUUGAUUAUAUACCAUGCUGUUUAUCCAAACAUGGCAACUGAGCCUGUUUCGUAGGACGUACUUGACUCCAGUUUUUGUCUAUGCUGUAUAAAAGUAAACUGAAAUGUAAAAAAAACAAAAAAACUCCGCGCUCUUGCUCCGACUGUCUUUAGUCGUUUACAUCAUCAAAUGAGCAGACCCAAACGCUAUGCGCCUAUAUUUUGUAUUUUCCGAUUGCACCAAACCACCACCCGCGAUGUUGCUAGAUCAUGACAUCUUUGCGCUUAGAAGCGGUGUUGGCGACCAACACUCUCCACACGAACACCAAGCUUGAUCAUUUCGCGAGAAUCAAUGACACCGCGACCGUCAAACAGCCAUCUGGGUUUCGACAUGGUCUCGGCAAUGCGAGCCCAGUCCAAACGCUCCUUGGGCUUGUAGUCCUCUGCGCUACCCAUACCGGUAGAGUGGCCACUGAGCUUGCUGGCUUGUUCUUGUAAACAGUCGGGGCACGUUGGUUCGCAGCUGGGUUCGACGUUGAAGAUGGUGAGGGGAUCUUCAAUGGCUUCGUUGUUGCGCUGAACAAGAUGCUUGUGAAGGGCCAAGAGGUUGUUAGGGGUUGGCUGGGCAGUCUUGAAUGGUCGAGGAUCGGACUUGGGGUUCGGCUUUCUGCUCUUGGGCGCAGGCUGAUCAGCAGGCUGGGGGAUAGGUUGAGGAGCGGGCUGGUUGCGGAACUCGUCAAACUCGGUGGCAAUGACGACGGCGGUGCUCUGGUUGCAAGCGUCGUAGGCGUUGUCAUAGACGCAAAUGUUGUUCUUGGUGGCAAUUUCACCAAGGAUUUGGUUAAUCUCCGUCUUGAUGACAAGAGGGUUGCAGCAAGGGUCAAAGACGGCGACUUCGCGAGGACGCUCCUCAAGAAGCGUCUUGAUCAUCUCCAGAGCCGGAGCCUCACGAGUGUCGGAGGUGUUCUUCUUGAAGGCGUAGCCCAGAAUGCACACCUUCUUGCCAACAAGGGUGUUGUUGAGGCACUUGAUGACACGGUUGGAGAAGCGAUCACGCGCGUACUCGUUCAUCUUGACAACCUGUCUCCAGUACUCGCCAACUUCGGGCAGACCAAAGGUAUCAGCCAAGUAGACGAGGUUGAGCACGUCCUUCUUGAAACAACUGCCGCCAAAUCCAAUACCAGCAACCAGAAACUUGUUACCAAUUCGGGGAUCGACACCGACGGCACGCGCCACCUCGUCGACAUCAGCGCCAGUCUGCUCGCAAACAGCAGAAAUGGAGUUGAUGGAGGAAAUGCGCUGGGCAAGCAUCGAGUUGGCCACCAGCUUGGCGAGUUCAGACGACCACACAUUGGUAGUAAGAAUGCGGUCGCGGGGCACCCAGGAGGCGUAGACCUCAACAAGGGCCUCAGCGGCCUUCUUACCGGUGGGCGUAGGCGCCGAACCAAUAAGGAUUCUGUCGGGGUAGAGAAGGUCGUUUACGGCAGUACCAGCAGCCAAGAAUUCCGGGUUGGAGAGAAUCUCAAAGUGAACGCCGGGUCGG